AUGUUCGCAAGUCGUUACGUCUGUUUAUUUAUAGAGGAAGGUGGCGCGGGGCGGUCAGACGCUGGGCAGGUGGCGCGGGCAGAUGACGAAGGGCGGUCAGACGCUGGGCCGGUGGCGCGGGGCGGUCAGACGCUGGGCAGGCAGGCGGCGAUGGCGCUGGCGCAGCGCCUGGCGCAGGUCGGCGCCGCCCUGCGCAGGCGGCG